AUCAUCAGAAUCCGGGGACAAUGACUCAGUAGGCUGAGAUCGGUGGACUUUGGUGGCUGCAUCCUGGUGUGAUUCGCUCUCCUCCACAGGGGCAGCGCAGUCUCAGCUUCCUCGUCCUCUCGUAUCGCGCAGUGUGCCUUUAAAAGGUUGAACUCGCCGGUCCACAGACUGUGAGCCCUGGACUGCUUCCCCCCGCUCGGCUCAGCUGUGUGUACCUGUCCGCAGUGACAUGGCAUAGCGGCUGUGAGCAGCAGCAGCAGCAGCAGCAGGAGCAUCUUCCUGCACCAUGGACGCGCUACGACAGCCGAGUCGCAGCGCAGCCUGCGCAGCGCUGGACGCGAUGGUGCCCGCGAUGGUGCCCGCCUGGAUCUUACUGAACACGGUGUCCGGACUGAAGGCGCAGGGCGACGGAAUGGAGGAGCUCACCACCGAGAAGGAGGCGGAGGAAAGUCACCGACAGGACAGCGUGAAUUUGCUGACAUUCAUUCUGCUGCUGACCUUAACCAUCCUCACCAUAUGGCUCUUCAAGCACAGACGGGUCCGAUUCCUCCACGAAACCGGGCUGGCAAUGAUUUACGGUUUGCUGGUUGGUGUUAUUCUGCGAUACGGCAUCCCUGCCACCAGCUACCACAACAAGACGCCCCCGAGCUGCUCUAUGAAGGAAGGACCUGCUAGCACCCUGCUGCUUAAUGUCAGCGGAAAGUUCUUUGAGUACACCCUCAAAGGGGAGAUCAACUCCCGAGAGAUUCACAAUGUGGAGCAGAAUGAUAUGCUGCGCAAGGUGACAUUUGACCCUGAAGUAUUUUUCAACAUCCUGCUGCCCCCUAUCAUUUUCCAUGCUGGCUACAGUCUAAAGAAGAGACAUUUCUUCAGGAACCUGGGCUCCAUCAUAACAUAUGCGUUUCUUGGCACUGCCAUCUCCUGUUUUGUUAUUGGGAAUCUGAUGUACGGUGUGGUCAAACUGAUGCAAGCGGUUGGACAGCUGACUGACAAGUUCUACUACACUGACUGCCUUUUCUUUGGUGCUAUCAUGUCUGCCACAGACCCAGUGACGGUGUUGGCCAUUUUCAACGAGCUCCAUGCAGACGGUGAUCUCUACGCUCUGCUGUUUGGAGAAAGCGUCAUGAAUGAUGCAGUUGCCAUCGUGCUUUCCUCGUCUAUUGUGGCUUACCAGCCCAGCGGAGCAAACACACACAUGUUUGAUGCUGCAGCCUUUUUCAAGUCAGUGGGGGUUUUCCUGGGUAUAUUCAGUGGCUCCUUUAUAAUGGGUGCAGCUACUGGAGUUGUCACUGCUCUCGUCACCAAGUUCACCAAGCUGCACUGCUUUCCACUGCUGGAGACGGCCCUCUUCUUCCUCAUGUCCUGGAGUACCUUCCUGCUAGCUGAGGCCUGCGGGUUCACAGGCGUCGUGGCCGUGCUCUUCUGUGGCAUCACACAGGCUCACUACACGUACAAUAACCUCUCCGAAGAGUCCACAAAGAGAACCAAGCAGCUCUUUGAGGUCCUUCACUUCCUCGCUGAGAAUUUCAUAUUCUCCUACAUGGGCUUGGCUCUGUUCACCUUCCAGAACCACGUCUUCAGCCCCAUUUUCAUUAUCGGGGCUUUUAUUGCCAUAUUCAUUGGAAGAGCCUUCAACAUUUACCCACUGUCCUUCUUCCUCAACCUCGGUCGAAGGCACAAGAUCAAGGGAAACUUCCAGCACAUGAUGAUGUUUGCAGGUCUGCGAGGUGCAAUGGCAUUUGCUUUGGCUAUCCGGGAUACUGCCACCUACGCCCGGCAGAUGAUGUUCACCACCACCUUGCUCAUCGUCUUCUUCACUGUGUGGGUGUUUGGUGGUGGAACCACGCCCAUGUUGUCCUGGCUACAUAUCAGAGUUGGAGACAGCACAGCGUUGCAGGAGCAGCGACGUCAGUACGGAAAGUGGAAGUACUUCAGAGUCGGUGUGGACCCAGAUCAAGACCUGCAGCCCUGUGGAGACAGCUUCCAGGUCCUGCAGGGGGAUGGCCCUCCGGGUGAAGGACAGAGUAAAACCAAACAGGAGAGUGCUUGGCUCUUCAGACUGUGGUACUCCUUCGACCACAAUUACCUGAAGCCCAUCCUGACACAUAGCGGCCCACCUCUCACCUCCACCCUGCCCAGCUACUGUGGGCCGCUGGCCAGCUGUCUCACCAGCCAACAGGCAUACGAGAACCACGAGCAGCUGAGGGACCAGGACUCUGACCUCAUUCGUAGCGAUGGCGACCUGACCUACACAUUUGGUGACACUGCGAUCACAGCCAAUGGUGCGUCUGGCGGUGGGGGGGAGGGAGCUGCAGGGUCAGGCUGGAGCGUCAAUGGAAAACGGAGCGGCAGCACCUCAGAGGAGGCACUGGAGCGUGAGCUGGACUCCCGCGAGCAGGAGCUGCUGAGCCGCGGCACGCGCCUGGUUUUCCCGAUCGAGGAUCAUGUCUGACUUUCCCUUCCUCCCUGCCUGCGCUGUCGACUUCCCUGACCUGACCCCCAGACCGCCUCGCCCUCCUCUCUCUCCAUAUCCUGCGGGCAGAGCGUCCAGUCCUUCAGAGAUAAGACAAAGUGGAGAUAUGGGAGCAGACAAGAGGGGAGGUUUCAGAGCGACUGAGCUCCCUCCAGGCCUGGAAGUAGAGUUCAAGGAUCAUUUCAUCCUCAUUACAGAGAUGGUUUAUUCUCCAGGAGACAUGUGUCCUCAAGAUCCUCUAACAGAGUUACUGUGAUUCACUUUUAUUGAUAUUGUCCUCUGCAUAACCAGGGGAGAAACCAUUAUGCAGGAUGUGGGGAUGAAAUAACCUCACGCAAGAUUGAAACUGCACUUGUGACAUUUUGUGUUUUUCGGCAGGAACGGAAAAGAGGUAGAAAAAUUAAUUAUUGCCUGACAGCAUGUCGUCAAAUAAUCUGACAAGUUUGAUUUCGCAGUACAUCAGUCUGUGACUGCGAAAUGCAAAGUGACUCCUUUACACACACUGAAGUGUAUACAGAAAAUGCUGUGAAAGAGGCCAAACAAACCAACAGUGAACAGUUCCCAGAUCAAACAGGAGCUCUGUGGUAGAUGCAUUUCAUUGAUAUUGAUCCCAUGUUGCUAACAGACCAUGUGUUUGGUAUGUUUGUCAAGAUUUCCUUUGUGUCACACAAAAGCAUCUGUGUGGAGGCAGUGUGGCAUGUGAGGAGGAGCACAGAAAGGGGCAGUUGUGUUGUGCCCUGGUUGUGUUGCCCUCUCAGCCACCGCAGCCCUGUCUUGAGUGAAAUAAGAGGGGUGAAGAAUGUGUGCAUGUAAAUAGCUACAAUGCUGAGCUUUGUUCCAUUUUAAUCGGGACUGCUCCUUUCAGUGCAUUACAUCACAUGACUGUUACCAAUUGCUCUGUAUAUCUUGUCUUUGAGUUGACUUGGAUCUUUUUUGUUUUUUGUGAAGAAGGAAUGCUAAUUUCCCCCAACUGUGAAAACUGAUAAAAGAUAAUAAUACAGUUAAAAAGUAUUUUCAAUACAAAAAAAUAAACCAGACAUUCAUUAUAAUUGUUUAACUCUUUUGCAAAAAUGAUGUGUUUGCUGAUUUUUAAAAGAUAUAUCCAGUAAAAUAGGACUGCAAAUUAUUUUCAUUGACUAUUAAUCUUCUGAUCAUUUUUGCAAUUAACCAAUUAGCCAUGUAGUCAAUGACGGAAAGUAUCCCAGUAAAUGUACUCAAGCACUGUACUUCUGUCCUGUUUUGAGGUACUGGGGUAGGCGAGUAUUUCUAUUUUAUGCUACUUCCACUGAACUACAUUUCAGAGGAAUAUAUUGUUCUUUUUCUCCACUACAUUUACUGGACAGAUUUACUUACUACACUUUUAUGUGAAGAUUUUGAAGAACAGAUAAUAUAGCAAGCUUUUAAAAUAUAACACCUUAUUAAUGAUUAAACCAGCGGUUUCCUCUUAGGUUUCUGACGUCUUGCACAUCUGUUCUCUGCGGCACCAAAUUAUUUGUGGUUUCAUUUAAAUGAAUGAUCGAAUGAUCCAAAUGAAUAAUUUCAGCAAAGAAUAGAGAACUGAAACUGACCCUGUUUAUACAGCUGCAGUUCAAACCUGCAGCAGUAACAGACUGCUUACUCACUGAUGCUCCAGUAUUAAUCAUCUACUGAUGUAAUAAUAUAUCAGCUAAAAGGACCAGAUUUAUUCCACCACUGUGUUUAGUCAAGUUCAUAAAAAGUAAAAGAAACAGUGAAAAGUCUAUCACAGAGCCAAAGGUGAUGUCAUUAAAUUGCUUGUUAUUCUGACAAAUGGUCUAAACUGUCAUAUAACAAAAAACAGCAGUGAAGUCUCACACUGGAGAAGCUGGAACCAGUCAAUGUUUGGCAUUUCGCUAAAUAAAUUACUAAUAUUGUUUACUUUAA